AUUAUGAAAUCAUCAAUAUAUCUGACAGUGAAGGGGAUGAAAGCGUUCGGCUUAACAAAGACAACACAGAGUUUGCUCGUUCAUCCGCCUUUAUAAAGCUUGCAACACCCGAUAACAGAUCUACGAGAAAAGAAGGGAGGAAAAAACGUAAAUCAGCUAAAUCAAAAGCGUGAUCGCAUGGACGAAGAUGACAUGGAAAUUUUACAAGACUACCUUCAGAAUAUCGGCGAAGAAGCAUUUGACCUUGAUGAUCAAGCUUUCUAUGGGUCAGAUAUCGAAGAAGAUCCGUCAUAUUAUAUUUCAAGCGACUUGGAGAGUGAGUCAAACAGAAUAGAGCCAGGGACAAUCAAUCGCUAUCCACCCUCGGACAUGGAUAGUGAUGAGGAUCUUCUGUUCGCUGGGUAUAAUGCCUGGGAUAUACCAGAUCCUGAGUAUCAGGAUACACAUAGCCACAACAUGUUUAAAAGUGUCAUCAACGGAUCUUUUGAGGAUAUUCCCCCUUCGCUUCAUAAUGGUUUACGAGCACGAAUGCGUCGACAGAAGAAUGCUGGCUCAUCCAUAAAAACCGCAAGGCCCAUCAAUUACGAAAACAGCGCAUUGCACCUUAGUGCAAACCCUCACGUCAACCUAUACCAGCUGGACAAAACCCUACGUUCAUUUGUUUCCGCCGAUGACAUGACGAGUGUUCAAAUGUCCUCUAUUUCCAAACGUUCUGACCAGUGUGUAGUCACAACUGCCAGUUUCUAUGGUUUCAUGGCGGAAGUAGUAACUCAUCGAUCGAAAAGUUAUAUUAUGCUGCACAAGACGGAGAAUACCGGCCUUCCCAGUGAUCGAGCCGAGCUUGACAAGUACAUAUCACAGGCGCAAGCUGAGCUACUUAGAGAUGUGAAUGUCCGCCAAUCAACCAAACAAAAGACCAAGCAGAGGAAGGUGCAAGUAUCAAAACGAUUACAUCGAAACUCCAAAUCUGCUGGCACUGCAACCAAGAUGUCAAAGACUUCAAGAGCUCGAUCUGACAGCGGCAGAUCUGCUCCAUUCAUGCCCGCACCAAGCCAUGGUACUGUCGUGGGCGGAGAAGCUUUACCGAUCAAUACAUCCAAUGUCGGUCAUAGAAUGCUAGCUGCCAUGGGCUGGAAAGAAGGCGAUAGUCUCGGUGCCAAAAAUACAGGCAUCAAGGCUCCUAUACAAGCCGUUAUUAGAAAAAAGAGAGCCGGACUCGGUAUAUAAACAUCUGCACCAUUUCAACCAUCAGUACUUCCCACUCAUG